CGUUUGGCCUGAUCGAUCCGAGUCCGAAUCCGAAUCCGAUUCCCGCAAUGAGUCUUCGUCUGUGCCUAUUGGCCUGCCUCCUGGUGGCGGCGGCCCAAGCCUCCAAGGAUUCCUCCUCCAUGCAGCUGAAGCCCACCCAGUGGCUGUCCGCCUCCGAACUGGAAAAUGUGCCGUCCCUCAACGACAUCACCUGGGAGCAGUUGGAGAACGAGCCCCUCGAGAAGGGUGCCAAGCUGAUUGAGAAAAUCUACCAUGUUGGCCAAAUCAAGCACGAUCUGACCCCCAGCUUUGUGCCCAGCCCCAGCAACGUCCCUGUCUGGAUCAUCAAGUCCAACGGCGAUCGUGUGGAGGCUAAGCUGAACAACUAUGUGGAGGUUGCCAAGGGCCAAAACGGAUUCGCCCAGGAUGAGGUGACCAUUGUCCUUACCGGCCUGCCCCAGAACAGCCCUGCCGCCAAGAAGGCCAUGCGCAAGCUUGUCCAGGCUUACGUCCAGCGCUACAACCUCCAGCAGCAGCAGAAGAACGCCCAGGAGCAGCAGCAGCAGCUCAAGAGCAAGGACUACGACUACACCAGCAGCGAGGAGCAGGCUGACCAGUGGAAAUCGGCCAAGACCGCCAGCGGCGAUUUGAUCAUCAUUGACCUCGGCUCGACCCUGACUAACUUCAAGCGCUACGCUAUGCUGGAUGUGACCAACACCGGUGCCAUGAUCGCCCAGACUCUGAUCGAGCUGACCAACAAGGGUGUGCCCCAGGAGAUCAUCCAUGUGAUUGGACAGGGUAUCGCCGCUCAUGUGGCCGGAGCUGCCGGUAACGAGUUCACCGCCCAAACCGGACACAAGCUGCGCCGCAUCACCGGCCUGGACCCCGCCAAGCUGCUCUCCAAGCGCCCCCAGACCCUGGUCGGACUAUCCCGCGGCGAUGCCGACUUCGUCGAUGUCAUCCACACCUCGGCCUUCGCCAUGGGCACCCCCAUCCGUUGCGGUGAUGUUGACUUCUAUCCCAAUGGACCCUCCGUGGCUGUUCCCGGCUCCGAGAAUGUGAUCGAGGCUGUUGCCCGUGCCACCCGCUACUUCGCCGAGUCCGUCCGUCCCGGCAGCGAGCGCAACUUCCCCGCCGUUCCCGCCAACUCCCUGCAGCAGUACAAGCAGCAGGAUGGCUUCGGCAAGCGCGCCUACAUGGGUCUCCAGACCGAUUUCGAUCUCCGCGGCGACUACAUCCUGGAGGUCAACGCCAAGAGCCCCUUCGGCCAGCGCACUCCUGCCUACAAGCAGACCACCUACCACGGUGUCCACCGCAACCAGAACUAGGAUGUUGUCCUGAUGAUGUCCUUACCAUCACCGUAGCACCGUAAAAAGGAUAAUCCGGUAAUAGGUAGAAUCUAGUGAGAAGUUCCAAACACACAAACAACAACAACAAGAAAAAAAAAAAACAAUUUAAAAAAAUCACAAAAAUAAAACAUGCAAAUUUUCUUAAAAAUAUAAA